CGCUAGUGUUCGUUUGGCUCUUUUACGGAGUGGACGUCGCAUUGUCAGGCAAAGGCCUCAGCAUACGUUGAAAAGAAUUUAGCUACAUUUUUACCUAGGUUAUAGUCAAGUGGGUAACGCGGCUGUUUUUUCAAUCUGUUGUCAUUUAAAACGGUUUUAAUUCAUUAUUUUAACUUUCAAAACCUCAUCAACAGCGGAACAUGCCAAGAGGUGGUAAAAAGGGCCACAAAGGCCGUGGAAAACAAUUCAGUAAUCCCGAGGAGAUUGACCGACAGAUGAGGGUGCAGAGAGAGAAGGAGGCAAAUGAAGGAGUGGAAAAAGAAAGUGGCUCAGAUUCUGAAGAAGAGACUAGCAGCAGUGAUGACGACACUCAGGCAAAGAGAAAAGGAGUGGAGGGUCUGAUUGAGAUAGAGAAUCCCAAUCGUGCGUCUCAGAAGAGCAAGAAGGUGACUGAAGUGGAUGUCGCUGCACCAAGAGAACUGUCACGUCGUGAGAGGGAGGAGAUUGAGAAGCAGCAAGCCAAAGAACGCUACAUGAAGCUGCAUCUUGAGGGGAAGACCGAUCAGGCAAGAGCUGACCUUGCCAGGUUAGCCAUCAUCAAAAAACAGAGAGAGGAUGCAGCUAAGAAGAGGGAGGAUCAGAAGAAAGUAAAAGAAGAUCAAGACACAAAGUCCAAGCGCUAGCCCCGUCAGGCGUAACGGGCUGGACUGCUCUACGGGGAAGGGAAGGGAGGGGAGGGAACCAGUAUCUAAGGAGGGAGACAGCUCAGGGUUGCCCACACAUUCUUACCCCUUGUAGCCCCUCCACCUGUGUGCAGAGUGGCUGGGGCGAAAGGGGAGAGGGGGUGAGGGUGGUCUCUUUUUCAGGAGUCCUGAAGGGUGUGAGGAGUCAGGCUUGGAUCACGUGUCGUGCUGGACGGGUUGAUGAACGGUCGGUGGGAUGGUAACGCCAUUCUGCCCUGUGGCCGAUUCUAAAGGUGCCCUCAUGUUGAUCUUGCCCUGACUCUUUACUGUGUCCUGAUUCUUAUGCUGCUGGGAGUUCAUCCUUGAUUUUUAAUUGUUUUCUUUUUCACGACACAGAAGCUGUUUACGUCAGGUUGAGACAGGGACAUCUUACAAGGCUGGGUUUGGACUGGCAAACAUCAGUAUCAACAGGGCAACGCUAUAGCAUAAUUUGAGCACGUGCAACAAGUUAUCGCUUCCUGUCCUGUUCUGGCCUUUUACAUCCACCUCAUGUGUCUUGUCUCCGUAUCAAUGCAUAAGAUCACAAAUUUGAAAGGUUAAAUUGAUAGUGAGAGGACCGUAAACGCACUAACAACUCUGAUGGCAUGCAAUGCUCAUCUGCAACUAGUUUUCUUCAGGGUGCUUCAUUUUACCAAAUUAAACAGAAAUGUACGUACUUAUUUUUUUUUCAUUUUAUUUCGGUGAGAUGCCAUUCAUAAAGGGUAACUGGAGUAGUAGAGAGGCCUUUUGGCUACUAUCAAGUGUAGAGGCAGAGUGUGAGUGAUGCUUAGUCUGAGCUAUGGAGUAGCUCUAGAGUCUGCAGACUCGUCACUGUAUUGUCUCAGGGAGGUCCCAGUUCUUAGUUCAGUAAUGUGCCAUCAAUGACCAUUGGGGUGUGGAUUGUUGGAUUCGGUUAAGAAUAUAUAUGGGGAGCACAGAGAGAUGAAACAUCUUAAUUGAAAGUAAUUCAUGAAAAUGUUAAAUUGGUUUUGAGAGAAAAGCUAUCUGGAGCUGUAAAAACAGGUUUUGUGUGAUUCAUCCCCCAAGACAGAUGAGCUAACCGGGGACUUGAGUGGGCUAGUCUGAUUGGACAAGCGUGUUGUGUUCCUGUCCUUAGGAGUCAUGGGAAACGUGAACAGACACACACGUGGCACUUCACACAAAUGACAGCACUGAGGCAAUAAACACUCUUAUUUACCUCAUCACUUCCCCAAAGCAGACGUGGGCAUUCCUUACCUCGGAGAGCCAGAGAGAUGGACUCGUGUAGUUGCAUCCUUUCUGUCAAGUGACCCGUAAGCAAGGUUAUGUUUGUGUGGUUGUCCAGUAGCCCUGCCUGCCCUUAGGCAUUACUUCUGGUCAGGGUUCACCAGAACCUUUUGCACGGUGGUGGUUCAGGUAUACAGCAGUUAGCCUGUUUGCCAUUGUAAACAGGAUAAAAGUUAAAAAGCACUUCAUCCAGUUCCUGUCGUGCAUUCCCCUUUGUUGCUUUGUUGUCAUGUGCUCGCCUGGAAAUGGGACCUUUAUUUUUGUUUUGUUGCCUUUCAGAGUCUCUGAGGACCAAUUAACUGUCUCUACCCUUGUCAUUAACAUCCUAUGCUUAUGCCUGUACAUUAGGAGGGACCUUAAAUGCCUUGAACAAUGAGGAAGCAAUAUUCCCUUAAUCUAACAUACGUCAUUACUUUGGAAAAUAUACAUAUAUAUACAGGACAAAGUGUUAUAAAGAACAUUUUUAAAGAACUCAAGGACUGAAUUGUAUACUAGAACUGUUGGGACUGGUAGGAAUUGUACUUUUUUUGGUCAACUUGUUGUAUAGAAAUAAAUCCAUGGACUCAUUAUAAAA